AUUAAAUACUGAACUGAUGUCUUCAACGUCGGAUUAUCGCUUUUCUGUUUUUCCCUUUCUGAAAAAAGGCAUCGUAAUCGUGUGGCGUUUGUCAAGUUUUGGUCCUGUUACAAGGCAAUCUCGGGAACCCGCAGUUUAGAAAAUGUUCGACUCAGCUGUUGCACAUGGUCCAGAUUACACACGCGGACGGCCAUUCGCUUGUCUCGUCCAAGUCCAACCAAUCUACUCCUUUCCAUUCAUCGAGCACGCAGGGCCGAAUCGCAUCUUGCUCCCAAAUAUUCGUACAUCUUCCGUUUCCUCCUUUGGAUUUAAACUUUUUCUAAUUUCUGCUCCCUCAUCACUGUCCCCGCGGCUUGUGAUUGGGCCUUUCCUGUCAGAAACAUGGCUGCCGUCUUCUUAUCAGGGACCCCGUAUCAAGAACAACGUGGUCGUGGGGAUCCUACUAUGUAAUGGAAGCGAAAGCACGGCGCAGACAUGUUCUGCGCGGAAUUACGCGACUGUUCCGGUUCGGCCCCCUCGCGGAAGUUCCCCGGCCUGCAAAACCACCGUCCGCCGGAGCAACCUGCCAUCAGCCGCAGUAGGGUCUUGUGUCCGAAAUUCAGCCUGCAUUUCUGUGGUUGUUGAACCCCAGGAUUGGGCCAGACGCCAUGCAAUCGCUCCGGUUCAACCAGCAACCAGCCCAAGAACUGCAUGUUUGCUCAAGCCACAACCCAUCGUGCAGGAAGCGGGCCAUAUAUCAGAUGCAGACCAUAUUCUAGAAGGUGAUGCUGCAAGUUAGCUUGCAGACCCAGAUCGGCCCGUGCCACGACCACGGCACACAAACCACCUCCCUUUUAGCCACCCUCCGCCGUACCAGGCUCUGGGCGUCCCCGGCUCGCUUGCAGAUCACCCGCGGAAACGGGCCGAGGGAGGAACUUGAGCUUUUUGUUCCCUCCCGCUUACAUGGCGAGACAUUGAGUCUAUCUGGCAGCCUCAUCCUUAAGUCAUGGAUCGGAUAGCUUCCCUUUGCAUUGGAUAACCCUCGUGAAGUCUUUUUACCAUACUCUAACCACACUCUGUAUUUCGGUGUUUCGAGGACCUGAAUCGAACUUGGACUUGAUAGCCACACAUUUCCUGUAUCUCGGUCCACAG